AUGUCAUUUUCAAGCAUUCUAUUAUACAUCUUUAUUCUUGUGCUUGCGACAAUAUGGAUAUACUCGUUCGUUUACAAUAGGAAUCUUCUACAGCGAUAUUCAACUUCUUUAAAUGUACCUAUAAGCCAGAUAAAUGAGUACAUCGACAUAAACUUACUGAAACCAUACCAGUUGCAAUUGAUUGAAGUGAACGUUUUGGAUGAUGAAGCGGAAGCAGGAGGAGGAGCAGGUGGUGGUGGUGGUGGUGGUGGUAGUCGUCGCUUGGCAAGAGAGAUUAAUAAGUCAAGAAUUGGUAGUGAUUUGGAGCGCUCGAGAGACUUGGUAACAGGAGUCCUCUUUAGCACAACAGUUUCGUUUAGUGUUGGCUUGAUUAUACUAAUGAUGUGUGAAUUGGGAGACUAUUUCACUGUGAACACAAGAGCAAGUUUAUUCAAGUUGACAAUUGAUAUAUUGAUGAUUUUGUUGGCGUUAAUAUUGCCAUUUUGCAGUAUAAGCUUGUUAAUAAAUAACGAUGUACUACCUGUGAAAUCAAAUAGUGUUAGGGUCUUUGCCACUUUUUGCGUAUACGCUGCAUGGUUUUUGGUCUUGCAUAAAUGUGGCGAUUUGACUCAAGAUUUCUAUCCGCGAUCCAAUAAUUCAACCACAAAUACUAGGAACUUGAUCGAAAGGAAAAUCAAUGAGGUCUCAAUUGUGGGAAUAACUAUUUUAGCAGUGUUGUCUGGGGUAGGUUCGAUUUCAACUCCUCAACGCGUAUUUUCUUACAAGGGUCUUUUAAGUAAACUUAGACCCGGAGCAUUACAAACUAUAUUAACAACUUUAACUUCAACAAGGGCGACAACAACAACAAACUCUUCGCCAGAAAUCGGGGUGCAUGAUAUCAACCUGACAAUUCAAAACUUCAACAACACAACCAUUUUGAUAUCUAAACGCAAAAGAGAACUUGAGAAGUUACAGAGUGCUUCUGGAGGUACCAUAUACAAUCUCCCCAAUUCGGCGAGUUCAACUGAAAACGUUUUGAUUGAUAAAUCUCUGACGAAAAAGAAAUUGGGCUCGCUUAUUCACAAAGUGCAAUCCUUUGCCAAUUUGCCUAUGCAUGGGUAUUCCGAGGAACAAGAAUUAGAAAAGGAGAUUAAGUCUUUGUACAGCUUGAAAAAAUCACUAUAUAGUGAUGUGUUAAUCACUGUGAACAAAUUUACCAAGCAGGCACACAAGAAUAUGCAUAAGAAACUUUUAUUGGACAACUUAAUGUACUGGGGAAACAUUGUUUUAGCGUUUUAUUGUAUUUACAGAAUCUUCAAUGUCUUUUUUGUCAAACUACCGUUACUGUACAUUUAUGGGCCGCCCAUAUAUGAUGACGGAGUACACUCAGAAGUUAUUGAUUCCAAACAAGAAGCGCCGUCGUCAAAAGACGCAUUGGCAAUAUCUAUAUCGAAAAUAAUACUCACAAUAUUUGGAAACAUCCCCAUUUCAGAGUUGCAAUUGGUCAACCAGCUAAGUUUCAUUUUAUCAGGAAGUUUGUUUUGCUGCUCAUUUACAAACGUUUUGACCACACUCAAAUCGUUUAGCCAACUACUACCCUUGAACAUGAAUGAGUCACAAGUAGCCAAAACCUGGUUGAAGUAUUUGUUGGUUGCAGAACUACUAGGUGUCUAUGUUUUGGCAACUGCUUUAUUAAUACGCACAAAUUUACCAGAAAACCUAUCCAACCAGAUAUCUAAAAUGUUAUCGCUUUCAGGAAGCUCAUCUACAAACGCACGAUCCUCUAUCAAGGAAGUAAUGUUUAUUGAUACAUGGUUCGACAAGGUCUUUGCCAUAUCGUGCUUGUUUACAGGCAUCUUUAUAGGGAUAAGAAGGUUUACAAAGGAAGAUGAUGCAUUGGGGCCUAGUGGGUCUCUGGAGUUUUAUGAUGAAGAACUGCUUCUAGAAGGCGACAACUAUAAACAAGCAUAG